AUGAAGACAGCCAAGAACCUUCACACAAACCCUACUUCCAUCAAAAACCGCUUCUCUCUUCGCUUUCUUCGAGCCAUCAACAAGCUAAACAACAACAUCAUCAGCACUCCUCCUCCUCUUAACCCGGCCGACAGACGCAAGCGAUACCAUGCCAUCAGAGCUGCAGCUUACGCGUCCAUGGCGUUGGCUGUCGGUCCAAACAAAGCCUGGAGCCGCGCGGUGCUCCGGAAGAUCAGAAACCGGACCAAAGAAAUGAUAAAACCUAGAACUAGAAGAGGUGCUGUGGGAGGAUCAAUUAACCCUAGAAAUGAGCUGGGGUUGGGGCAGGAGAACGAGCUGCGGGAGCGCGUCCCGGGCGGCGAAGCCAUGGAUUUUCGCAGGUUGUUGAAUGAAACAGGCCAUUAUAUACAGUGCCUCCGAGCCCAGGUACAGGUCAUGAGGAAGAUUCUUCAUUAUUCUUCAACAUGA